AUGGCCAACGCGGGAGCGUACGAUUCGGACGCGUCCGACGUCGCGUUGAGCGCGGAGUCGGAUAUGCGCGCCACGUUGGCGCGAUGCGCGACCAGCGGAAAGCUCGUGCUGUUGACCGAGGGCGGAGUGGCUGACGUUGAAGUGACCUCUGCGUCGCGCGCGUCGACGGACGACAACGAUGACCAAGAAAGCAAGGCCGCGAGACGCCUGGCCGUCGAGUUGCGCGCCACAAGUCUGAACGUCUCACUGAGCGAUCUGCCGGGCUACGAGGAGCAGCACGCGCUGUUGCUGAACGCCUAUUUCGUGAUCAACGACGAGCCGGAGAGCGUCCUAUUGGCGGACGAGGUGAUGGAGCGACGACCGAGCACGCGGGCCGGUGCGAACGUGAUUCUGUACAGACCAUCGGGCACCGGUAAAACUGCGGCCGCUCGGGCAGUGGCCCGGUCGCUCGGUUCGAAUCUGGCGUUCGUCAACGCGGAGAACCUGCUGUCGACCUACCGCUUGGAGACCAAGAAGAAACUGCGCUCGCUGUACCGGAAGAUGCGCGCUCUCGUUCGCACCACCGGUCGCAACGUGUUGCUGCUGCUGGACGAGGUGGACGGACUGGUGAAGAAUCGUAGCGGUGCCUUGACCAGCGGCGAGUACAGUCUGCUCACGAGAUUUCUUACGAUUCUCGAACCGAACGACGGGACGGACAACUACGGCGUGUUCAGCAUCUUCACGACCAACCGUCUGAGCAAUCUGGACGACGCGUUUCGUCGUCGGUGCGCCGCCGUGUUCAUGGGUUACGUGGGUUACGUGGGUACGCGGGAGGCCACGGUGCGAUUGUUCAACGCUUUUCUGCACCGACCGAUCGACUACGCGACGCGAGGCACUAGAUUCGCCAGUCGGGACUACGAAUCGAAGAUUCGUCGAAUAUGUCGUCACUGGGUGCCCGGAGACUUCGCGCGCUUCAAACGCACGAUCGGGAAACCAUCGCGCUUACGUCGUUACUUCGAACGAUCCGACACUACGUACGAGGAUUUUGUGACCGAACGCCUGGCGACGCGAGGUGACGACGCCGUCGAUGACGGUCGCGACGAUCGAGAGAUCGCGUAA